AUGGCGCAGCAGCAGCAGCAACAACGGCGGCAGCAAGGACGGGAGCAAGGACGGGAGCAAGGACGGGAGCAACGACGGGAGCAACGACGGGAGCAACAGCGGCCACCCCGGCCACAACAACAACGCCAGCAGCAAGAGCGACUGUGUCGGCAGCGCAUAGGAGCGAAGACGGAGGCCCGGUGUACGGCCAUCAUGCACCGAGGGAAUGCGCAGGCUGUGCUUCUUGUGGUCAUUCCAGACGGCAUACUGAAGAGUUGGACCACGUGUCUGUGGUGGCGGCAGAUGAUACCGCUGCAGCUGGCAGGGAUGUUGAUCAGAGAAGCGUGCUCCGUCGGGGCGAGGGAGCUGGCGGUGUGGUGGUGGUACAGCCGCGCCGCCUAG